UCACCAACAUAGUAACAGGAAUUAACAAUCAGUGGUCAUUAAUAUCUCUUAAUAUCAAUGGAAUCAACUCAACAAUAAAAAGACACAGAUGGCACAUGCCCGCCGCCGCCGCCCUCAACGCCGGAAGUGUCCACUCGCCUUCUACUGGCAUGGCGACAUCCUCCCAAUAUCGCCAGCUGCUGAGUGACUAUGGGCCACCAUCACUAGGCUACACCCAGGGAACUGGAAAUAGCCAGGUGCCUCAGAGUAAAUAUGCAGAGCUGCUGGCCAUCAUUGAGGAGCUGGGGAAAGAGAUCAGACCCACAUAUGCAGGGAGCAAGAGCGCCAUGGAGAGACUAAAACGAGGCAUCAUUCAUGCCCGAAGCCUGGUUCGGGAGUGCUUGGCUAGCCCCUGGCCAAUGUGAAGGCCCAUCUCGCUACCCCAUGGAGAUGAGAGGCUUUGUUCAAGAUGGCAGUAGCUUUCCUGCCUUGGUCAUUAAGCUCUGAAUCCACUUUCAUAAGAUUGGAAGACAUUUUUCAGUUACUGAUGAUGUGCAUUUUAAGUAGUUAGGAACGAUCCAGAUCUUUUUUUUUCCCAAGCAUUGAUUUGAAAGAUGUUUGUGAAGCCACUGCACAGCAAGCUAUUGUUUGCCCCCAAAUACCAGUGUCCCCUUUAAUCUCCCUUUGGAUACAUUUGCCAUGUGCAUCACCCCAGUCGACUUCCUGUCCAUGAGCUCACCUGCGUCUGCGGACUCGAGUGCAAGCCACAGCGUGUUUGCUUAGUAGAUGGCCGGCCUGUGUGCAGUGUAGACCCUGCUUCAUGAGCUUCUCUGCUUACGCGUUUGCAUGACUGAGUGCUUUGAAGUCAGUCUCAAAAACGCACAAGUUAUAAAUACAGAAGAAAGAGCAAUCUACCCAGCCUACCAAGCGCCCUGCAAAUGUCCAUCCUGAGACUGUAGAUCUCAGUUCCGUGUUUACUGUGAGACGAUCACAACAUCUGGAAGAAAAUGACUGAAACUUGCAUCUUUGUAUUUAUUACUUGAUGUAAUAGAGCUUAUUUUCAUUAAAAAAAAGACACAGGCUAACAAAAUGGAUAUGAAAACAGGAUCUGUUCUUUUGCCACAUACAAGAAACACACUUCAACAUCAAAGAUAGACAUGACCUCAGAGUAAAGGGACCUAACAAGCAAGCUGGUGUAGCUAUCCUAAUAUCUAAAAAAAAUAGACUUUAAACCAAAAUCAAUCAAAAAAGAGGGAGAAGGACAUUUCAUACUCAUUAAAGGAAAACAAAUCCACCAGGAUGACAUCUCAGUUCUGAACAGCUAUGCCCCAAAUGCAAGGGUACCCACAUUUGUAAAAGAAACAUUAUUAAGCUUUUAAGCUUAAAUCACACACCAAACCCCACAUGUUAAUAGUAGGAGACUUCAACACCCCAUUCUCACCAAUGGACAGGUCAUCCAGGCAGAAACUAAACAGAGAAAUAAUGGAACUAACAGAUGUUAUGACUCAAAUGGACCUAACAGAUAUCUACAGAACAUUUCACCCAAACACAAAAGAAUACACCUUCUUCUCAUCACCUCAUGGAACAUUCUCCAAAAUUGACCACAUACUCAGUCACAAAGACAAGUCUCAACAGAUACAAGAAAAUUGAAAUAGCCUCCUGCAGAUUAUCAGACCAAUAUGGAUUAAAGUUGGAUUUCAACAACAGAAAUAACAGAAAGCCUGCAAACUCAUGGAAACUGAAGAACUCUCUAGCACUGGGCCAGGGAAGAAAUAAGAAAGAAAUUAAAGACUUCCUAAAAUUCAAUGAAAAUCAAGCCUAACAUACCCAAACUUAUGGGACCAAAUGAAAGUGGUGCUGAGGAAAAUUGAAAGCACUAAGUGCCUACAUAAAGAAAUGAGAGAAUUCUCAUACCAGAGACUUAACAGCACAACUGAAAGCUCUAGAACAAAAGGAAGCAGACAAUCCUAAGAGGAGUAGAUAGCAGGAAAUAAUCAAAUUGAGGGCUGAAAUCAAUAAAAAGGAUCAAAGACAACAACACAAAGAAUCAAUGAAAUGAACAGUUGGUUCUUUGAGGAAACCAACAAGACAGAUAAACCCUUAUCCAAACUAACUAAAAUUCAGAGAGAGAUAGAGCAUCCAAAUGAACAAAAUCAGAAACAAAAAGGGGGACAUAACAACAGACACUGAGGAAAUCCAGAGAAUCAUUAGGUCCUAUUUCAAAAAGCUGUACUCUAGAAAGUUGGAAAAUCUAAAAGAAAUGGAAAAUUUUCUCAAUAGACACCACUUACCAAAAUUAAAUCAAGAUUAGAUAAACAAUUUAAAUAGAUCCAUAACUCCCAAGAAAAUAAUAGAAGCAGUCAUUGAAAGUCUCCCAACACCCCCCCCCAAAAAAGCCCAGGGCCUUCAAAUUAUUCCACAAAAUAGAAAGAGAAGGAACAUUUCCAAAUUCAUUUUAUGAGGCCACAAUCACCCUCAUACCCAAACCACACAAAGAUAACACAGAAAGGUAAUCGCAGACCAAUUUCUCUCAUGAACAUAGAUGCAAAAAUACUCAAUAAAAUACUCACAUACUGAAUCCAAGAACACAUCAAAAAGAUCAUCAACCAUGAUCAAGUAGGUUUCAGCCCAGAGAUGAGGGGAUAGUUCAACAUAUGAAAACCUGUCAACAUAUCCACCAUAUAAACAAACUGAAAGAAAAAAUCCACAUGAUAAUCUCAUUAGAUGCUGAAAAAGCCUUUGACAACAAUCCAACACCCCUACCUGAUAAAAGUCUUAGAGAGAUCAGGGAUAUAAGGGACCUACCUAAUCAUAAUAAAGGCAAAUUCCAUGACCCAUUUCUUCUAUCCUUAACUUUAAAGCUAGAACCAUGUGGCCGAAGCUGCCAAGUUCUGCUGCUUGCUGGGGCUGGAACAUGGCCCCCUUGUUCAAUUAUAUCUUCACCAGCUUUCUAUCCUUCACUGCCUAAGCUUGGCUGUCCUGAAACUUGCUCUGUAGAGCAAGUUGGCCUCAAACUCAGAGAUCUACCAUCCUUUUCCUUCCAAGUGCUGGGAUUAAGGUGUGUACCACCACAUCUGGCUCUAAGCUUUUCUUUAGUUACUUUUCACAAAUUGGAAAUUUAGCUGGGUGGGAUGUUGCCCUGAGGUCAUCACUCCCUUUAUUCCAUUUCUUAAUCUGUUUAUCUCCUUGAACACAGGAUUUAGCUACAUUCCACUUCCUGGUGCCCCUUUUCUCAAUCUGUACAUUUUGUAUUUUUAUGUGCUCAGCUUGCUCCUUUUCAUUAUAAAUCUUCAUUAGAGUUACCACUAAUAACCACAGGACAGAGUGAUUAAUUAAUUCCUCUACCAAAAGAAUUAAUCCAAAACUCUUCACUUUAGCCUCAGACAGACUUUUCAGACAAGGGCAAAGAGCAGCCACAUUCUUCACCAAAACAUCAUAAGAAUGAUCUCUAGGCCACAUACUAAAAUUCUUCUCCUCUGAAACCUCUUGAGCCAGCCCCCAACUGUUCAAAUAACUCUUAGCACCACUAUCUUCCAUGCUCCUAUGAGUAUGGCCCAUUAAGCAGUGCUUAAAGCAUUCCACUGCUUUUCUAAUCCACAGUCUCAAUGUCCAUAUUCCCUUAAACAAAAACAUGCUCAGGCCUAUUACAGCAAUGCCCCAUCCCCUGGUACCAACUUCUAUUUUAGUUAGGAUUUCUAUUGCUGUGAAAAGACACUAUGACCACAACAACUCUUGUAAGAAAACAUUUAGUUGGGGUGGCUUACAGUUUCAGAGGUUCAGACCAUUAUCAUCAUGGCAGAGAUCAUGGCAGCAUGGAAGCAGACAUGGUGCUGGCUACAUCUCUAUCAGAAGGCAACAGGACAUCAACUGCGACACUGAGCAAAGCUUAAGCAAGAGACCUCAAAGCCUGCUCCCACAGUGACACACUUCCUCCAACAAGGCCACAACUACUCCAAAAAGGCCACACCACCUAAAAGUGCCCCUCCCUAUGAGCUUAUGGGGGCCAAUUACAUUCAAACUAUGACACCUUUAGACAUUUGAUUUUUGACACCAAACCAAAAUUAUAGAAUGGAAGAAAGUAAGCAUCUUCAAUAAAUUGUGCUGGUCUAACUAGAUGUUGACAUGUAGAAGAAUGUAAAUAGAUCCAUAUCUAUCACACUGCACAAAACUCAAGUCCAAGUGGAUCAAAGACCUCAACAUAAAUCCAGAUAUACUGAAUCUGAUAGAAGAGAGAAAGGGGAAUAGCCUUGAAUGCAUUGGCACAGAAGACCACUUCCUGAACAGAAUACCAAUCACACAGGCACUAAGAUCACAAUAAAUGGGAUCUCAUGAAAAUGAAAAGUUUCUAUGAGGCAAAAGAAACCAUUAAUAGGACAAACUGGCAGCCCACAGAAUGGGAAAAGAUCUUCACCAAAUGCAUAUAUGAACGAGGGCUAAUAUCCAAAAUAUAUAAUGAACUCAAGAAACUAGACAUCAAAAAAUCAAAUAAAACAGUUAAAAAAUGGGGUACAGAUCUAAACAGAAUUCUCAAUAG